AUGUGCAUUGGCUUUGGACGUUCUUUACUUCGACAAAUUCGACAACGAUAUUUUUCUUUUCCGAAGAAUGAAUCAAAGAAUCGCGAUGACUUAUCUACUAUUUCGCUUGUCGAACAAUCCUAUUUAUCCGUCUCAAGACAUCCUGAAAUCAGGUAUCGACCGUUGUCCAAUCCAGUAUCUCUUUAUGUUCCAGUGAAAUCGUUAACGAAGGGAACUAUUGAUUCUAUUGUAUCAGCAAGUCAUCGAUCGGAAAGCAGUGAUUGGAAUUUUAGUCGACGUACUCUUCUCGCUUUUUUACUUGCAAUUCACAAUCAGUUGAGAAUCAUCGAAGAAAAUAAAGAUUUUCAAAGUAAAUUUGAUGAAAAGACAAUUCAACACGCAUCAGAAGUUCGAAAAUGGCUGGUAAGAAAGAAUCAGUCUGGAGAUAUCGAAGAAAUUCGAUGGGAUCACUUAGAAGCUAAUUAUAAGAAGAUGUCUCGUGAGAUAGAUAAUGGAAUGGCACAAUGUUUCCAUGUUGAUAUUAAGGAUGUCGAGCCUUAUUAUGAAUUAACUAUUCCUGGUUUACACGCUGACAUCAAUCGAUCACGUGAAUAUAUGAAACAGUUUCGUAGUUACGGCUGGGAUCCGAAAGAUUUGAAAUUAUAUUGGACUCUCCAACAACUAGAAGAUCUUUGUCCAAAAGAUGAAGUCAAAGCAGCGAAUGAACAAACUAACCGAACCAAUGCACUCCUUUGUGAUCCAUCUGAUGUAGAUGCUAUGGAAACUUUGCGUCGACAUCCUGUAUCACAGCGAAAUCAUACCUGUAAAUUAGAAUAUAUCAACAAAGGUAUUGAAAAAGCCGUUUUUGAUGUGCCUGAACAUGCACAAUUGAUUGUUCUUACCUUUGCUAAUGAACGAUCUCCUGGAGGAGGAUAUUUAUUCCAUGCACGAGCGCAGGAAGAAAUUCUGCUCUACAAUUCGGAUGGUUAUCGAUCAUUACUUGAUUUGAAAUAUGGUCGUAUGGGUGGUGGAUAUGCAAUACCAGAAUUUGGAGCUGCGUAUACUCGUGAUAUACGAGUUUUUGACAAAAAAUCCAAGAAAAUUCGCAAAGCAGAUAUGUUAGUUUCCGCAUGCUAUUGUCUCACAGAAACGCCACAACUGUAUGACCACCCUGAAGAUCCUGUUGAAAUAUUCGCAAACACUGUGGAAAAAUUCCGUGCAUUCAUCGCUGCCGCUGUGGCUAAUACGAGAGGUGAUGGAUCGAAUACAUAUCUUUUGCUAGGUCCGAUAGGUACAGGUGCUUUUGGAAAUGAUACGAGAGAUAUCGGAUAUGCUUUUCAUAAAGUACUCUCAUCAAAAAUGAUGGGAUCAACAGGUCCAAUACGAAAUGCUUUUGCAAAUAUUUGGUUCGUAUCAACGGAUAAACGGAAGAAUGAGGAAUUCAAAGAAAUUUUCAAUAAAGAACACAUAUAA